AUGGCGGGCCCUGCGUCGUCCCCGAGCCGGCGCCUGGCGUCCACAGCUCGGCCUGGGUCCCGGCCUAGUCUGCGGGGACAGGCGGCACAGCAAUUGAAUUCAUCGUCACAACAGGCACAACAGUUGCCGCCACAUCCGCAGCAUCAACUUGCCGCCGGCCAAUCUCCACAGUCGACGUCAUCGACCGCAGGCCCGCCCAACAAACGCCGCCGCGUAGCACUCGCCUGUGGCAACUGCCGGCACCGCAAGUCCCGCUGCGACGGCCGCCGUCCGCGCUGCUCGCUGUGCACUGAGCUGAGCUGCGAGUGUGUCUACGAGCAGGCGGGUGUGGCGAGCAACCUGACCGUGGGCCGGUCGUAUCUCGAGCGGCUGGAGCAGCGACUGGCGGAUAUUGAGUUGCGUCUGGCGCAAGUCAAGGCCGACAAAGCUGAGGCACCAACACCAAGACGUAACAAACGGUCUCGGAACGACGUUGGCGAUGACGACGACGACGACCGCGACGACGACAAUGGCCCAGGUCGCGAUACCAACGAGGAAAGCGGUGUCGGCCAAGGUGGCACAGUAGGCAGCGUGGCAAGUUCACAAGCUGCGACAGCAUCCACAGCGCCGCCCACCACGGCAACAGCAAACAGCUCAUCAUCCGCAACCUCCGACGGUUCCACCACAGCUACGUCCACCAACGACACCUAUGGCGUGCCCGACACGGCCGAGGACUCCAUCGACGGCAUGGGCGCCAUCAAGUUCGCCGACGAGGAGGACUGGGGCUACUUCGGCCCCAGCAGCAACAUUGCCUUCCUGCGCCACAUCUCUCUCGCCAUGGCCCGCAUGGACGACCUGCACCAGGCCAUGCCCUCGCCCACCGGCCGCGUCCACGAGGUCGCCGGCGGAAUGAGUGUGUCGCGGCCGGCAGGCGGAGGCGGUGCGCGCCGCGGUGGGCAUGUCCAUGGCACGACGACGCCGCCGACCAUGGCCCCUGUCAACAUCUAUGCACUGCCCUCGGAGGCGCGCACCUGGCGCCUGAUCCGCGAGUACUUUCAAAAGACGGGCCGCCUGUUGCCCUACGUGCACGAGGCCACUUUUUGCGCCACCUACUUUGCCCUCAAGACCAGCAACUUUACCAGCGCUCGCCGCACCUGGCUCGGCUUGCUCAACAUCAUCCUGGCCAUGGCCACCACACUCCACGUCGACACGUCCGUGUCGGCCGAGCGCCGCAUCGCCGAGUCCGACGUGUACUACCAGCGGGCCAAUGCGCUGUGCGACGACAAGGAGGCCCGCCGCAACAUGAGCCUCGAGCUGUACCUGCAGGGCACGCAAAAGUCGGUGCAGGCCUGGACGGUGCACGGCCUGGCCAUUACGACGGCGCUGCAGCUGGGCCUGCAGUCGCCCAAGAUGAACCGGGCCUUCCCGCCGCUCGAGUGCGAGAUCCGCAAGCGCGUGUGGUUCGGGUGCAUCCUGCUGGACCGGACGCUGUCCAUGACCUUUGGACGGCCCGCCAUGAUCCACGAGAGCUACUUGACCCUGGAGCUGCCCAUCACGGACAUGCAGAUUGUUGGGCCAGACGACAUGCAGACCGACACGGAGCCAGCUGCCAUGGACGCGUCGGCAUCGCCCUCCUCCGCCACCACCACCAACACCGUCCAAAUGGACGGUCUGUACUACACGGCCACCAUCAAGCUCUACAACGUCUUGCACCACAUCAUCGACACCUGCUACGGCCAGAACCUGGGCCUCGAGGAGCCGGUGCCCUCCGUGCCCUCCUCGCGACUGUACGCCGACUACUCAGCGCUCUUUUCGCAUGUCUUGCGCGUCGAGGCCGAACUCGAGGCCUGGAAGGCCCAGCUGGCGCCCAACCGGCUGUCUGUGUACGACGCGCCCGUGGGCCCCAAAGACUUGGAAAGAAUCGAGGCCGACGACAAGAUCUCGGCGCGGUAUGUCGUCGUGCUCUCGGUGCGGUACCACAACCUGCAAAUUCUGUCCCACCGGCCCAUCCUCGAGAAGCUGCUGGAGACAUGCGGGAGGGGGGAGAGCAAGAGCCAGCGGCCACAGCCAGGAGCCAACACGUUGUUGUCCACCACGUCGUCUUCUUCUUCUUCCUCGUUUUCAUCCUCCUCGUCCAAACUCCUCCCGAUGGGCCUCGGAAGUGUCGAGGCCUGCAUCCACUCCGCCCAGGCCAUCAUCUCCCUCGUCCAUACCAUCGUGCUGGCCGACGGACCCCGGCGCGACUUGCUGGGUGCCUGGAACUUUUCGCUCUUCUACACCUUCAACGCCGCCCUCGCCAUCUUUGCCGCCAUGCACGUGGCACGGUGUGACGUGCAAAGACAGAUUGGCGACGCGGACCUGGCGGCCUCGUCGGCCACGAUGAGCAGGCUGCUCCCGCGCUGGGAGUUUGUCGAGGCCGCGCUGCCGUACUUUGGCAUGGCCAUCGAGGCGCUCGAGAACCUGGACCGCGGCAACCGCGUCGUCGAACGGUGCGUCAGCUACCUGUCGCAGCUCGUGCUCGUGCCCGUCAAUCCCGGUCUCGGCGGUGGGGGAGGCGACGGUAGCAUCCCCCAACACGGACCGCACACUGGACAUGCCGUGCCCGCUGGCCAGUAUGGCGCUCAAAAUCAGAGCGAGAAUCAUCCUCAGCAUGAUAGACAAAUGCAGGGCCAAUCGCAAAGCCAGAGCCAAAGCCUAGGACCAACUGGAGACCUUCAAGGCUAUCCAUCGCACCCCGGCAAUAUGCAUCCCCAUCCGCAUCCCGUGGCGAUGGCCAUGGGUACUGGCCCUGGCGGUGGUCCUGGUGGCCAUGGAGGGGCCAGUGUCUUUCCACGGCCGCCACAACAGCUCCUCCCGAUGGAGAUUGAUCUGAACGAGUUUAUGCUCGACACGGACUUUGACCUGCUCAACAUGGCAUGGCUGUCGUCGUGA